UGUGACCCGCGCGGCGCGCGUGCUGCGCCAUGGGGGCUCAAGCGUUUUCCGCGGCAAGCUCACAGCCACGCCUCGGCCCAUUUUGCUCCACUUGACUCAAUUCGCGCGACAUAGUCACUUCAGUCACUUAGGAUGAGCGCGGCUGGCAAAGCAGAGAAUACAGAGGCAGCCGCGGCGGCUGAGCCCGGCCCGCCUGUGUCCUGGGACCUCGGCGUGGACAUUACCGUGGCCAUCGCUAACCUCAUCACGGAGGAGAACUCUCCAUUCUUUGAUGAGGCCGACAUUGCGAGCGUCGCGGCCAGCUGUAUGUGCGUCGGCCACCCGACGUUCACGUCCAUCGCUGAGAUUUUGUACCAGUUCCUGAGCCCCCGGUUCGGCGACGACCCGGGUGUGAGCGAGGGCAGCAGUGUGGGAGAGCUCAAGGCGGUGCUCAAGUCGUGGGGCCGGCCCUGCACCGGCAAGAAGUCGGAGCUGUGGUCGCGCAUUCUCGACGAGGUGGAGGGAGACAGCCCGGCUGGCACCAGCAGCUUCGCCGCCAGCGCUGCCGCCGCAGCGGCCGCUGCAACAGCCCGCUCCGCUGCGGCCCGUCGCUCCGCCGCUGCCGCGGCCGCCGCCGCCGGCCCCAGCACGUCAAACGCCGCCGCCAUCACCGCGGCCCCCACCAAGGCUGGGCGGAAGCGUGCCGCAGACGCCGCCACCGUCCCGGCUGCCAAGCAGGCCAAGGCGGCCGGCGACGGCGGCGGUGGCAAGGCCCGCAAGGCUAGCGGCAAGGCCAGCGGCAAGGCCAGCGCCGCCGCCACCGCCCGCACCGCCGCUGAGGCCCGUCGCCGUCCCGUACGCCGCCGGCGCUGCACCGCUGCUGUGGUGGCUGCCGCUGACGUGGAGGACUCCGAUGCUGACACGUCGGCCAGUGGCGAAGACGGCGCCGCCGCCGCCGGUGCCAGCAGCGACUCGGACGCUGACGUGGAGGUGACGAUGCACCGCGGCGGCGACAACAGCGGCGGCGGCGGCAGUGACUCCGAGGCAGAGGAAGAGGAGGAGGCAGAGAGCAGCAGCGAUGAUGACUAUGAGGGUGUGGGAGGCCGGGCCCGCAGCCGGCGCCGUGGCGGCGGCGGCGGCGGCGGCCGCGGCAGCAGGGGCAAGGUGACGAGCAAGGGCAAGGGCGGCAAGUCCAAGGGCCCCGCCAGCGGCGGCCGCGGUGGCGGCUCCGACAGCGGCGCGGUGGCGGCGACGGAGGCGAGGGGCCGCGAGGGGGCGGCGGCGGCGGAGCUGGCGAAGGCGGAGGCGGCGGAGGCGGCUGCCCCGCAAUGCCGCUGCCCCAUAGCUCGCGGCCCCAAGCGGCGCAUCAUCGAGCUUCAGAACGCGCGUGUGACCAAGAGCAGGGCCAAGGAGGUGUACGGGCUGUACCAGAGCCUGUUACAGGAGCUGCCCACGCGGCUGACGCAGCUGCAGGCGUUCGGCGGCUUCCGGGCCGAAACCUACGCGCUCAAGGACGUCAAGCGCCUGGCAGUCAAGAAGUACACGAGCUACCGCGAGUUCUUUGCGUCGCAGCAGAAGUCCAAACAGGCCAGUCGGGAAUUCUCAGAGAGGUACACGAACGCCAAGAGCCAGCGGCAAAACAUGGUGAAGGACAUUCUGAUGCGUCGCGGCGUGGCGGCGGACGCGGCGGAGGCGGCCGUGAACCACGUGUGGCACCUGGACUUCUUCACCGCCGGCGUGCAGUACGGCGCAGAAGCACCCGUGGCGAUGGAGCCCGAGUGGCUGCGGCUCAACAGCGAGGCGGCGGCGGACGAGGCCCACACCUACAUUUUCCACGUGCAGCACACCAACUUCCGCUCCCACCUGGCGAACCUGCGGGCCACACACACGUACGCCAGGAGCGGCUCCAAGUACCGCCAGGACGUGGCCCUGGAGAAGCGCGCCUUUGCAAUGGCGCUGCAGGAGUGGGUGGCGGGCCGGCGGCUGGAGGACUUGGUGGCAGACGCCCGACUGCCGCCGCACAUGCGACCCGCAGCCGAGCAGGCCCUGCGCGCCGUGGCGGACGGCAGCGCGGCGGCGGAGCGCGAGCGGCUGCGUGAGGCCGUUGCCAGGCGGCUGGCGGCGGCUGGAGGCGGCGGCGGCGGCGGCGUGAUGCAGGAGUACAUGGGGAUGAUGCCGUACGACGAGUACGAUGACGACUUUGAGGAAUAAGAGGAUAGGUAUAGGGAUUAUGAGCGAGAGCACCCGCGGCGGGGCUAUCUAGCUGGUGUGCUACUGCCGUGCUGGUGAUGGACAUGGGGAAGGCGGGAAGCUGGCAUCAUACAUGCAGCAGCAUUAAAAGGGCGAUGGAUGGGUUCGUGCGAAGCCUAGAUGAUCGACAGCCGCCCGCCGGGCGAGCUACAUGCGUGGAAGUGUUGUUGUGCCGACUGAUGCGCGUUUGGGGCGUACGCUGGCUUUGCUGGGAGUGUGGUGUUCGUUUGGCUUCUGGGUUUCUGCGGACGGAGCGAGUGCAGAGGGCAGAGGGCGGCAGGUAGGGUCAUCCGGUGGGAUCGGGGCGUGUGGAUGGGAUGUUGCUGCUGGCGGCGGCCGUGCGUGGCGGGGUUUGCUCGGGCGGGGUUUGCCCUUACGGGUGUGUGCAGCAAGCGCGAGUAGACGGAGCGGUCAGCUGGAGGUAGGUGGGCGGGUUGGAUUAUGGAGUCUCUCAUCUCAUGCGCUGCAUGCUGUGCACCGCCGGGUACUUUUCGGAAGACUGAACACCGUGUUCGUGUGGGAGCGUGUUGGAAGAGCACAAGCUGCUGAGCUAAGGCUGCUGCUGUUGCUGAUAAUAAUAAUAAUAAUUCAAACGCCGGCCCAUGGGGCCUGGCGUGGAUUAUCGGGGUAAGGUGGCUAGGGCGAGGAGGCCCAUCCCCCUCGCGCUGCCAUCUCACCACGCACUCCGAGGAGGUGUGGGGGAGCCGUGGCUCACCCACCUCUCGGUUUGAGUUCCUGCUCGGUUACUCGGCGCAUUUUGAUAAUGCCGCCCGCACUGUUCACAGCGUGUGUGUGGAGCCUCUCUCCGCAUACUCGUGCGGCUGUGUGGGUCACCCCAAGUUGAGAGGUGAGCAGCUUAGUGAGGUUGCAAGGGAUGGCCCCAGUCACUCCGAGCGCAAGGCAUUCAUUGGUGGAGUAGUGGACCGUCCAUCCGGCCGCUUCCAGCAGUCGCUUGAGUUCUUGGUGUUGUUGAGAUUUUUCUUCCCGCUUGUCCAAAUGGCGAACGUCAGAGCUGUAACCAAUUUCAAGGAUAUAGAUGGGCAGCCGUGCUUUGUUCAGGGGCGGGCGGUACCCUUCUCUAUGUGUUUCAUGGGCGGGCAGGUUUGGGAUGAACAGAAUGUCAGGUCUGAGCCUUGUAAUAAGGGGUGAUGAUGUCCGCUCCGCAGCCAGCCAGGCGGGGGGGCGUUGUGCAGACGCAUAGUGUGGCAGGUCGGCUAGGGGGCCCGCGUCCAUGACCAUGAACCCGUUCCCGUAGGUCCCUUUGGAGAUGCAUUUGGCGACACGCUGGACUGCCCAGUUGUGCCGAUUGAUGUACGCGCCUUUCAUUUUAGGGUGUGUGCAGCCUCCGAGGAUGUGCCCUCCGGAGUCAGGGGUGUGGCAGAGGGGGCAGUUGCCGUUCCCUCCCAGGCGGUAGCGCCGUUUAAGCUGUGCGUUGAAGAGGUAGCCGUAGCGGGCGUAGAGUAUUUGCUUGACCAGCCAGGGGUGCCUGGUGGAGCUGGCGAGGGUGCGGUUGCUGAGGGUGGGGCACAUGUUGGCAGUGCUGCUGUUGCUGAUGCAUGUGUGAAACAGUGAAGCGAUGUGUACGUAGAAGCGAGGGCACACAUGCCUGCUGUUGGCUAGAAGUAAGUAGGGAGGCGGUGUGAAAGAACGCCUAAGCUUGAUGCCGAGUGCGACCGUGGAUUGAAUGCACGCAUGU